UUGCAGUUCAUUAUACAACUAUUUCAGCAAAGCAAAGCUAUGCAAAUGCUGGUGCAGCGAGGUGGGCCAGCAAGCCGGCUCGGAAACCGGAGUACAGAACAAGCCUCGGUCAUCUGGCGGCGAUCAAGACAGCAUGUUAAUGUGCAACGGAGACAAUUGACCUGUUUUCGCUCUUUCGCGCCCGACCGCGAGCCCCAAUGCUUGCACCAGGGCUUCUCGCAGUUCAACGAGGUUGUAACGGUCAUCCAGAUCCCCGAUGACCCCGCGGACCCCGGCCAUCGCCCGCUGGCCGGCUGUCGCAUUCUGCUGCUGGACAGCACCGGCAACCUGCACUCGGUGUACCACCCCUCGCGGCCGCUCACGGGCAGCUACUGGGACGUGCUGGCGGGCCUGCCCAGCCUGGUGCCGCCCGGACCCCUGGGGCUGCUGGGGCUGGGCGCGGGCACCAUCCCGCGCAUCAUGGCCGCACACUUCCCGCUGGGGACCGCCGCUGCCACUGCUGCUGGGGGGAGGUCGGGGGGCAGCUACGUCGUGCACGGCUGGGAGCUGGACCCAGGUGUGGUGGCGGCGGCGCGCAUGCACCUGGGCAUGUCGGAGCUGGAGCGGGCAGGACACCUGGUGACGCACACCGGCGACGCGCUGGCUCCGGCGGCGGCGGUGCCGGGCGGCUUCAGCGGCAUUGUGGUGGACCUGUUCGGCGGCGGCAGGCUCCUGCCACAGCUCACAAAGCGUGAGACGUGGGAGUCCAUUCGUAGUCGACUGGCGCCCACAGCGCCCGGCCAGCCGCCCGCCCGUGUCAUUGCGAACCUGGGCCAGAGCCCGCCCACCACCCCGGGCCAGGCGGGGCGCUGGCAGCCCGAGGCCUACACCACACUGAGGGCGUACGAGGCGCUGGAGGCGGCCUUUGAGGGCGAGGUGUCGCUGAUGACGUUACAGAGCAACACCCUGGCGCUGACGGGGCCGCUGCCGUCACCAGAGGAGUGGCCCGGGCGGCUGCCGGCGGCCCUGAGGGAGCAGUUGCUUGUGCUGAACGGGGGCGGCAGUAGCAGCGGCAGCAGCAGCAGCAGCAGCAACAGCGGUAACAACGGUGGUGGCGGCGGCGGCUGGCGCGAGAGUUUGGAGCAGCAGGAGCUGAGGCCGGGGGCAGGCGGGUUGCAGGCGGGGGCGGGAGGCAGCAGCAGCAGGAGCGGGUGCUGGGCUAGGGACUUGUACCCGCUGCAGAAGACAGAGGUCAACCUUUCCUUGUUCUGAGGAGCGGGGUGCCAGCUCUUGCGUCCAUGUGUGCUGCUGACUCUGAUGUGGUAGGCACGUGUGGACUGGGCCAACUGGCGGGUGGGCAAGGGGCUGGGGUGGUGAGUCACGCGGGUCGCGCCGCUGCCCUGCCCUGCCGGGUGUGUGGGAGACGGCCGGCGCAGGCAGCUACGCGGCGUGUGCAGGCGUAUGACAGGGGCCGGUCGGCCGGCGAAGGCAGAUGGGUGGGAGCGAGUUGCAUGCUCCAGGUACACGGGAUGCAUGGGUGGCCGUAUGGAGUGUGCUGUGCUGGCUGGAGUGUGCGAGUAGAUACGGUACGUACAAGUGUGCCGCCGCCAGACACGCUUGCGUCUUCAAGAGCGCAUGCGACGGUCGCGUCAGUCAAUGCCCUGUCCAAGGCCCUGUCCCCCUCUGUUCGCAACGUGGCCACCUGUGUCCUGUGCGCCUUGACCGCUAUGUGCGCCGACAGGGUCACGCGCUAUCUCUGUAUGUGUGCGGAUUGUGGCUAAACCCAGCACUCGGAUCCUCAACGGUCCAUCGCUUGGAGGCAGGGGAGGCUCUGCUUGGCGGCGAUGUUAGGGUUGUGUGACCAUGUCCACAGCCCCCAGCGUUUUUGAUGUGCACAAGAACACAAUGGAGUUUUAAGCGGAUCUGGCUACUA